AUGGCUACUCAAGACAAAUAUUGCUUCGAGAGGGAUAAGAAAGAGUCAGAGAGACUGGACUUACAGCAUCGCGUGCUAGUUAAAACAAGCGGAGAUACCCUCAUUCAUCCUUCAAUUCCUCUCAACGAAAUUCGUUCUGUUGCCGACAUAGCUACUGGAACUGGAAUUUGGCUGCAAGAUGUGUCGAAAUUUCUGGACACACCACAAAUUGAACGCUACUAUCAUGGCUUCGACAUUUCAGCUGAGCAAUUUCCUGAGAAUCCAGGAGCGAUCCACUUUUCUGUUCAAGAUUUGACGAUUCCCUUCCCUCGAGAACAUUGGGGACGAUAUGACUUGGUACACGUUCGUCUUCUAGUCGCUGCCCUUGAGGAAGCUGACUACAAAGCUGCGAUUGCAAAUAUCUACGAUAUAUUGAAGCCCGGUGGCUAUCUCCAAUGGGAGGAAAUUGACGAAGAAACCUACCUCACGGAAGGUUACCCAGUGCUCAGUGAGCUUCAUCGCUGUUUUGACUAUGGACUGACAGCCGAAGGCAAAUGCUUUCAGGCUUCAGCCAAGGUUUAUGAAGAGAGCCGAGCAGCUGGGUUUGUAGGUGUAGAGCGGCUGUGUUAUAACUCGCACCAGAACCCUGAUCUGCACUAUGAGAUCGAGGAGAGACUCACUGCGAUAAUUAGAACACUCUAUGCCUUUCUUUUGCUGAGAUCUAAGCAGGUCGAUACCGCGCAGGUCGCAUCACAAGAGGCAGAGAAACUGGUUGAACAGCAUCGGCGUCUGUGCGCACAGGGAGAUUCCCCGCCACUCAAGUUGAUGAGGGUUGUGGGUCGGAAGCCUUUACAUGGUUCAUUGCUGUAG